AUGCAUACAAUGAAUAACGAUUUAACAUCAAAUAAGAAGAAUAAAAAACAACAACCAUCAGCGGACUCUUCUUUAUCAAAGAUUCCUGAAGUUAUAGAUCCCGGUAUCACAAUUCCAAUAUAUGAUGAUGAAGAUGAAAGAGCAGACAAUAGUCUUCUCACGGAAAAUGGUUCGAGCAACGGCAGUUCCCAAUUAGAAAACAAUAGCAACAACCAACAGAAUGCCGCACCUCAAAAAUUGGGUUCUUAUAGAGCUCGUGCAGGUAAAUUCUCAAACACGCUAAGUAACCUAUUACCUUCAAUAAGUGCUAAAUUACACCACUCUAAGAAAAGUGCCACCCAUUUGAAAAAUAUUAAUCCAGAAAAUGAUACUGCUGAAUUUCCAAAUAGCAGCUCUGGUUCUUCUACUGUAGAUCUAAGCAAUUUCCCAUUAACUCCAAUAAAAAAUCAACAAAAAGUUGCCGGUAGUUCAACGACAACAACUGCAAUACCAUCUAAGACUAUAAAUGAUUUAACUCCUCCAAAUGAAAAUGCUAAGUUAGUCCAUUUCCCAGACUCAGCUACUACAACAACGAACGCUUUUAUGAAUAUACCAAGAUCAUCUAAUGAUUCUUUCACUUUCAAUUCUCCUUUACCAACAAAUCGUAGCAGCAGGUCAAGGAAUAACACUACAUCUUCACAAAUCACUUCCUUGUCUGGAGCACAACAAAUCAAUAACAAUAGUAUGGCAUCUGGUAUAUGGGCUACAACAUCAAACUCAAUGGAUCCCUUACAACAACAAAUAUUACAACAAAUUAAUAGUAACACAACUGCUGUAUCUGCAAGUAACAGUACUAUGAAUCCAAAUAUGAACCAAUAUAAUUUAACUGGGGUACAAGAUUAUAGUACAAUCCAACCUUUACAACCUUCACAACAGCCAUUACCUAACUAUUAUGAUGUAAUGUCUUCUCAAAAUAAUACUAAUAACAGAAAUUCCACCACUCAACAACAACAUUCACAUUCUCAUCCACAAUCCAUCAAUUUACAAUUGCCUGGCGCAAUAUGGAAUAAUAAUGGAAGACAACGUUCACAAUCAAAUGCAUCGAGCAUUUAUACAGAUGCUAUUCAAUUUUAUGACCAACAACAACAGCAACAACAAUCAACUUCAAGAUCGAGAAGAACUUCUAAUUAUAGUUCUCAGCAAAUGCAGCAGCAACAGCAACAACAACAACAACAACAACAACAGCAUAAUAUAUGUCCAAUAGUUGGCGAUGAAACUGACCCUAUCUCGAUUAAUUGGGUUUCAUUAGAUCCAUCGGUGCCUCCAAUAAAUCAAAUCAAUCAUCUCUUACCUACUAACACAAUCUCAUUUUCAAAUAUAUUCCCAUUACAACAUCAACAACCACAAUUGAACAAUGCAAUUAAUUUAACAAGUACCUCUCUAGCCACUUUAUGUUCUAAAUAUGGUCAAGUAAUUUCAUCAAGAACAUUUAGAGGUUUAAAUAUGGCACUAGUAGAAUUUGACACCGUAGAAAAUGCAACUCGUUGUAUGGAUGCAUUACAAGGGAAAGAUGUUUCUGUCAUUGGUACUCCAAGUCAUAUUGCAUUUGCCAAAAUAUUACCAAUGCAUCAUUCAAAUCAACAGCAACAACAACAACAAGCUCAAUCAUUUAAUAUGUUAAAAAACGAAAAUCAACAAAAACCUUUAUUAUAUGAACAAUUAUAUAAUGGGGCUCUUACUUUUCAGCAACAGGGAAAUAUUUCAAUCCCAGUCUUUAAUCAGUAUCAAAUUCAAAACCCAAGCUCAAAUCAAUCACAACAAAAUUAUAAUCAUCAUCAUUACCCAGGUCAUUCCAUUUCAUCACUUUCAUCUAAUCCAAACUAUAAUAAUAAUAACAACAACAAUAAUAAUAUUAAUAAAUAUACAAAUCCUUCCACAACUACACAACCUUCAUCAUCAGCUACUAACACUGGGGAAAAAGAACAAUGUCCCUUCCCGUUACCUCCACCAAAUUUAUCAAUGGAAAGUAAAGAUUUGAAAACAAUUGUUCAUUCAUUUAAGACAAAAUGUGAUCAAGUUCAAAUAGAUGCAUUAAUUCAAAAUGGGAUAAACUAUAAAGGUACAUCAGAUACAACAAAUUUUGGUCCCCUACCAGAACCAUUAAUUAUAAAAGAAUUCGAUGCGCCAAAAUUACGUGAAUUAAGAAAAUCAAUAGAUUCCAAUUCUAUUUCAAAUCUUGAAUUAGAACAAUUAGCGUUAUCCAUGAUUGAUGAAUUACCAGAAUUAAGUUCUGAUUACUUAGGUAAUACCAUCGUUCAAAAAUUAUUUGAAAAAUCUUCAGAUUUAAUUAAAGAUAUAAUGUUAAGGAAAACAUGUAAAUAUUUGACUUCAAUGGGUGUUCAUAAAAAUGGUACAUGGGCUUGUCAAAAAAUGAUUACCAUGGCUAAGACAGCAAGACAAAUUGAUCUUGUUACCAAAGGCGUUAAAAAUUUUGCUACACCAUUAAUGAAUGAUCAAUUCGGUAAUUAUGUCAUUCAGUGUGUUUUAAAAUUUGGAUUCCCAUGGAACGAUUUCAUUUUCCAGAACAUUAUUUCAAAUUUUUGGAUAAUUGUACAAAAUAGAUAUGGUGCAAGAGCAGUUAGAGCUUGUCUGGAAUCUCAUGAAAUUAUUACUGCAGAACAAACUUUAGUAUUAAGUGCAAUGAUCGUUUGCUAUUCAAAAUAUUUAUCCACAAAUAAUAACGGGACUUUAUUAUUAACUUGGUUCUUAGAUACUUGUACUUUACCCAAGAGACAUACCAUCUUAGCUAAAGUAUUAAUUCCAAAUAUUGUUGAAUUAUGUCGUCAUAGAUUAGCAUCAUUAACCAUUUUGAAAAUAUUGAAUUUUAGGGGUGAUGAAGAAGCAAGAAAAUUGAUUUUUGAAUCAAUCUUUGGCGGUUCCCCAGAUUUUUCGUCAUCAUCAUCUCCGGCAAAGAAUCUUAAUGAUAAAAACAAUGAUUAUAAUAAUAAUAAUAACUUAUUACAAAUAUUGAAUGAUUAUAGUUACGGUCCAACUUUCAUUUAUAAAGUUUUAUCAAUGCCAUUAUUAGAAGAUGACGUCAGAUCACAUAUAAUUAAACAAGUUCGUAAUGUUGUCAUGGAAUCCCCAAUACCACAACAACAUCGUCGUUUAAUGGAAGAAAUUGGAUUUGAUACAAUGACUACAAAUAACAGUAUCAAUCAACAACCACAAGUUCAAGUACAUACAUCAGGACCAAUACAAACCCAUACAGAUAGGAAAAGUAGCUUGACUGCUAAUGUCUAUAAUGCUACUGUUGACCCUAACAUAAAUCAUAUAAGAGGUCUUUCUGUGUCAAGUAUUAGAAGUAACGGUUCAAGACAACAGAAUGGAUUACUCCCUACCUCUUCAAACAAUGCCAAUGGAUCGACGACCAAUACAAUUAAUGCACUACCACAAAAUACUAACAAGAAUAACAAUAUUCCGCCAUCAUAUUUCAAUUAUCCAGGUAUGUUCCCUGGCAACAACUAUCCGGUCCCAAAUGAUGAUUUAGUGUCUCAAUUUGAUAUGUUAGCAUUAAACAACGGUACACAUUUAUCCUUGCCACAGUUAAGUGUAACUAAUCAAGAUAACACAGUCACUUCUUUUUUGAACCGGACUACAAGCAACAGUAAUACUAAUACUAAUCCUACAACGGCAACAACUGAUCAAAGCCAACCUAACUAA